AUGGAUCCUACCGCCAUACACAGGGAAUCUUUUACUUCCACGCCAGUUGCACACCAAUUUUACCCGUAUGCGGAUAACGGCGGUUCUUCAUUGGCGAUAGCGGGUGAAGAUUUCUGUGUCCUGGCUUCUGACACCCGUCAAA